AUGCAAUCAGCAGCUAUGGAGACCACCCUCCCUGAGCUCAUCUUCGAGAACGUCGAGGACGGCGAGGUUAUAUAUCAACGAUGCCUCAUUAUCAAAGCGCGGUUCUCCCCACCCGCGGACGCCCCGUCCAUGGUGACGGUCGAGCAAAGCUCUGAGCCGUUUGACGCUCUCUUCCCACCGCAGACCUGGCCCGUCGAGGACGGCAACACAAAGAUGAUUGUAAUGCUCAGCGUCGGAGUCAAUCAUCUUUCCAUCCACCCCAACAGCGACGCCACCCAAACCCACAACCUGAGGCUGACCUACAGCCCCGACACCCGGCUGCCCCCACUCCACUUGGCGUCAAACAUUCCCCAUUUUGGCAACCCAGGCUCACUUGGGUCCGUCCUCGGGAGGUUCCGCAUGGCCGCCUACAUGUGGCAGGCCAUGAUCGCCGAGGACAUGCGAAAGAAGGGCCUCGGCCGGCGGUCGUUCCGUCUCGACGAGAGCUGGGACCCCGACACCACCAGCGUGAAGUUCAAGCACGCUGCCAGGGACGAGGAGGCUACUGAGAUGGGAGUGUUCCGCAACACGGCCAAGAUCCAUCUGGUCAAGUCGGAACACACGACCGAAGAGAUCCGGGACGCCAGGAUCGCCCAGGACAACCCGCUCGGUGUCACUAACGCCAUCAUCUACCACUGGUUCCUCGCCGCCCUCCAACAUUCCCGCGUCCCAAUACUCAACUGGCCCGCAAACCCUAUCGUUGCCGGUCUGAUAAUAGACGCCACUUGGUCGGAGGACGACUUCUUCACGGUCGGCCACGCCGCCGUUGGAGGACACGAGUCGCUGGAUGUUUCCCUUUGCACCUUCGGCAGCCACCUGAUGUGGUCUUGGCCCGAGCACCUCGAGGACAUUCAGCGCUGCCUCACAGACGUCACCCGACCGGAAGAGGGCGUCGUCGACACCGGUAAAGACAGGGCUGGAACAAAGUGGGAGGUCUGCGCGAUCGGCCAGACCCAAUUCCUCCACCAGCUGGCGCACGCUUUCGGCGCCGGCCACAGCACAGGGAUCACAAACGGCGACGGCGCUAGCCACUGGCCGAGGCACUUCGUCGCCCGCACGUCGCCAUCUACUCUGACCGGGGAGGUUGGAAUAGUAGUCGACCAGGGGACCGCCAACGACGCGGUCUUCGAUCUCAAGGACCUGCUGACCUUCAAGCACCUCCCGCACUUCUGGAUGGAGGGAGACGAGAAGGUCCCCGGGGAUCCCCUUGUCACACGCACAGCCAUCCCCACGAUAUCCUACGAGUUCUCAGCCAGCGAGGACCUCACCGUCACCAUGAACAAGGUGAUGGUAGCUUCGCCCGCGAAGAUCGUGCGGGUCCUCUGGAACGGCGAGCCCGGCAUCGGCGGCCCGACCCUCGCAAACCCCAUCGCCGGCGUGUCCAUCUCCACCAGCGACAUCGAUGCCGAGUACUCCCGCGCCGAGCCGCUGCGUGUCGCCUUCCUCGCCGGCAACGGCAAGGAGCGCGUCAUCCCCAACCUCUGGGAUCUCCUGGACCCAGCGAACCUCCACGUCCCCGGGUCAGAGGUCGUGCUCCACCGCCGCUCUGUCAAGUGUGGGGACCUCGAGAACGGCCGCGACGACCUCAACUACUUGGCCUUCUGGAGCUGGGCGACGCUGCUCACCAAGCCCAUGGCGCACGGCACCAUUGCGCGCGCCAACGAGAUCAACAGCUGUGUCAAGGAGUCUCUUCUCGGUUUGUACGUCCGCUUCCAGGACGGCGCCCGCGUCAACUGUGGCCCACGCCGCGAGGUCAUGGAGGACGGCAAGCACGAGAAGCACUUUGGCGGGGAUAGGGAGGACUGCAUGAUCCCUCCCAACCACGACAUCGUGCGCGUAGAGGUCUCCCGGGAUUCCUUGACCAUCGUGGGGAUCAGGUUCCACCUGAGCAACGGUGACGCGAAGGGCUCGCUCACCCGAGGUCUCGUCGACUACGAGCCGAGCCACGUUCUUGAGCCACCCAGCGGAGAGCGCAUCAUCGGGUUCUUCGGUCGGAACUACUUCCUCGAGGAUCUGGACUCGGUGGCAGAGUUCGGGAUCAUCACGGCGCCCAUCGACUUCAAGCUGCCCCCACAGGUGUAUGACAUGCCUCAGCUGCAGAACACCGAUGGCGGCAUGACUAAGGCCGAUUACAAGCGUGACGAUGACCCGAGGCACAUUAUGACCGACUGGUCUGAGCUCGACUCCGAGGAGCCCGAGGAUCCCGAUUCCCCGCAACCCCCACAAGCCCCGUUCGAGGUCGACGACUCCGACGAGGAACUCAUGGCGGGAGUGGGGGGCAUGAAUCUUAAUGGGCCGGACGUGGACGAGUAA